UCUCAUGCACACGCACAGUACACAGAAGCUCACUUUGCAUUGCGCUGGCGUACACAUUGUUAUUGUGUUAAUUGUGUACACUUGUGAGGGCAAACGCUUUGAACAGUAUGAGGAAAAACUGCGUGAAUGUCAUAUACUGAUGGACAUCACUGGAUUUUUAAAGUGUAACCCGCACAUUAAAACAGACCAUAGAUAACUGCAGCUAUGUAAAUGUCUCGCGCACUGGAUCGGAAUAGUCUCGCGGAGAAACACAAGGAUCUCAUUUACCACAAAACAUGACGAUACAGCGGACGUACAGCUUAUAACCUUUGCUCAGCCCCAGAUGCCUCCACUCCCUCUUGACGAGCGCAUAGUGGUUAUUCAGCGCCCAAAAAGUUUGGCCUUACGCGUGGCCUCCCCACCAACCACAUCACAGUCUUCCUCACACCACCCAGCCACUCACAACGAGCCUCCUCCACCCCGUUCCCAUCCAGGUUCCAACUACCUGUCUCUGGAAUGCAAGCACAGGCAAUCAUCCCAUGUUCAGAGAGAUAAAGGAGAACCAGGUGCUCCCUUUGAGGGCAGCAGCAACAAUCCUAGCCAUUGUCACAGCAAUGGGACAGUAACUUUAGGUCCCAGACCUCACAAGCACACACAUACCAUUGACAUUAAAGUGUCUUUGGACAAAGGUGGAAGAGGAGGAUCUUACAUAGACAAAAGCCGCAGCAGUAGUCUUACCCGAAGUGGAAGCAUCAAAAGUAACAGAACUAAACGGGUGUCACUGCAAUUGGAUCCAGGGCAAGGUGAAAGGAAAUGCAAAGGAAAGUCUUCCGAAUCAGUGGAGAAGCACCAGAACCAUAAUCAGAGUCUAAACCGGACUCAGCACAGUAGCCAUCAUCCGAACCAACUCACAGUCUCUCCUGGAGGGAUCUUGGAAUUUGUACCAGCGCAGAGACAGCAGUCAAAAUCCAAGCCAACAAGAGAGAGAGAUUUGUCAUCAAAGUCUUGCUCUCCAACUGCCAGCCCCCCAUUGCACAGUGAUAGGGACGUAUCAUCUGUAGGAAACAAAGAAAACUCCAAACUGGGACCCGGCCACCAACUGCCCCAUGCCCACAGCCUAUCCCGUCACCACAGUUCAGCCCCAUUACCCCAUGCUGCCAUCCUAAACCCUCACUACCCUGCUGUACCACCCUCGCUCCCUUCCCAAGCCCCUUCCUCCUACCAGCACAUCAGUCAACCCCGUCCCUCACGCACUAGAGAACAUCGGCCCCAAAUUCUUCACACAUUGCCCCUCUCCCCUACUUCCUCCCAAGGAGGCUUCCCCAGUCCUGACCACACAUGUACAAUUGACUUUUCCCACCCCUGUGGCUGUUGGAGGCUGGUGCGUUGUAGAAGAGGUAGAGGUCACUCUGCUGGCUGCCACGGUCAUAGUACAAGCCCAUCCUCUUCAUUUUCUCACACCCAAGGAACAAGUGCUGCCAACAGAGGUGGCGGAACCAUGGGACUGAAGACUUUAGGAGGGUGUCUGUCAACUGCUUCCACCACCAACACCUCCUCUUCCAACAGCACUGUCUCGGACUGUCGUACAGGGCUGCUCAGACCUUUGGGUUGUGCAUCCUGUUCUGGAGAAGCUGGAGCUUUUGAGAGCCCUGCUGCUUUCCGUAAGAAACUGGUUGGGGGUUGUUUACCCUGUACUCCACUGUCCUCAUCUGCACCUCUUCGAGCACUCCAGAGUUGUGUCAGUGGGUGCAAUCCCAAAGCAAGCCAAACUGGCAGCUCCACAUGCAGUUACUGCAGUAGUGACCCCAUUGUAGUGACCUUUAACCCACACAGAGGGAAUCCUCCCAACAUGGGGCGUAAUAUUGGUGCACAUACCAUGGGAGGAUACCAGCCUGAUGAUGACGAUUACAGUGUACGCACAAUCUGGCCAGAGGAGCUAGCAAAAAAGAUGACUCGCUCUAAAACCCAACCUAUCCAUCACAAUACAGGUACUGGAAUGGGCUCAGGGAGAACCUGCAUAGGCCACAACCAAAAAAGCGGCAAUGGUGGCAAUCCUGUAAUCCUGGACUGCCAGAACCUUAUGGAGUUCACUCGUACCCAGCUGACAGAUCAGGCAGGACGACGGAGGCUCCAGCAAGGCAAGAUGGCAGUUUUGGACUUUAUUGGAUCAGGGAAUAGUGGAGACCAGGGUAGAGAUUCCCUCAAGCGGCUUUGGAACAAAGGAGCAGAUGCUUGCAUAGGGGAUGGCAAUGGGUUUGAUGACGAAGUGCUUCCACAAUCCCCAUCCCUCCACUCUCCAUCUCCAGAUUCCCCUGCUUCAUUCUCACCCCCACCUCUGCUCCUAGCACGCUUAAUAAGCCCAAACCCAAACAGCGAGAGAGGGAGGUUGGACACACCUUACCCUCUACACAGUCGCUCCACUUGGUCCUCAACUCACUCAACAGAGAACAAGAUGAGGAAAAUGGACGAGGUAAACAUGCUUAUGUGCAAGUACACAGCAAUACACCUUUCCCUCCCCCUUUCCUCAUCUCUCCCAGCAUCACUAUCUGAGGAGAGUGUCAUGACCCCAGAUGUGGAGAAUGCCGUAAUUAGCCCCAUCCUCCCUUUCCUUUUCCUUGGCAACGAGAGAGAUGCACAGGAUUUGGAUCUACUGCUUCGACUCAACAUUGGUUUUGUGGUCAAUGUCACAACCCAUCUUCCCCUCUACCACCUGGACAAAGGCUUGGUGCAUUACAAAAGGCUACAAUAUACUGAAAACAUCAAUCAGAACAUCCGAAAGAAACAAAAACAACUCUUUUCUUUUUUUGUUUCAGAGGAAGCUCACCAGUGUGGACGGGGCGUUCUUGUGCACUGCCAAGCAGGUGUGUCCCGCUCAGCUACUAUAGUCAUUGCUUACCUGAUGAAGCACACCCUCAUGACCAUGACUGAUGCCUAUAAGUAUGUGCGAAGCCGGCGGCCAAUAGUCUCCCCAAACCUCAACUUCAUGGGCCAGCUGCUAGAGUUUGAGAGAGACCUCAACUCUGGGGUAACACCUCGCAUCCUCACCCCCAAACUGAGUGGCCUGGAAACACAAGUUUAAAAGGGUGGCGCAAGAAAGAAGAUUGUGAGAAAACGAGAGGGGAGAAGGAGAUAAAUAGAAGAGGGAAUUGAUGGACAGAAAUGGAUGGAUAAAAAAACAAGGGUAAGAAUAAAGCCGUUUAACGAUAACAAACAUUUGAGGAUUUGAAGAGAGAUGACAGAAAUAACUAGAAGAUGAACGCAGUACAAAAAAAAUUAGUCUUGGUAUAUUUUAAUUGAAGUAUCUCCACGCUUUCUGUUUCAUAUAAAUAGCACUUAUUUGACAGUUGGCAAAUGAAUGUUUGUGCUACCCACCCUGAUACUCUCUUAAUUAUGUACCAAGUUUUAACUCAAAAUAAUAACUCAAUUCACUUAAAUUAUUCCUAUAUUACUAUUAUCAAACUUGGUUAAAUACAAACGCUGUAUAAAAGUAUUUGAGAGGAAACAAAUGCAAUCAAAGAACACUCUGCCUGUCAAGCACAGAAAAAGAUCCGAUGUGUUGAGACUCAGAACUGUGACAUGCAUCACAUUCAAGACCCAAGAGCUGUAGCAAACAUCAAACUCCUUUUCCACUGUGCAAAGAACUUUUCUAAACAGAUUAUUUUUGAUUUGAGAGAUCAUUUGAAGGCACUUUUUGGGUUACUUUGCGUUAGCUGCCAAAUAUUUAUAAAUUUCUCCACUGACAUGAAGAUUCAUUUUGCCUUUGAAAUUUUUUCUAUACUGCUAUUUUUGUUACUUGAUCUUACAUCUUGCAUUCUUUAUCUUAGUGUCUUUGUGUGGGAGGUGUGCAAUAGUGUUGAUUUGGAAGUGGAACUGAUUUAAGUUAUUUUCACUUGGACACUGUUUCUCUAAUAGAUGUUUUUUUUUUAGAACCAGCCAUUCUAAUGGCAGAUCUAAUCCAAAAAUCAUAUAUUUCUUUUUUAUUUCUUGUUUAUGAUAUAAA